AUGGGUACGUCGAGUACAGUGGACGUGUCGUCCCCGUCGUCGGUGCUGGGCGGUCGCGAGGCGGUGGUGGAGGCGCGCUGCGUGGUGCGGCUGGAGGUGGGCGGGCGCGGCGUGGCCGUGCGCUGCGGCCCGGCGCGCCGCCUGCGCCACGUGCUGCGCCCCGUCCUCCCCAAGUACGCCGCUCCACACGCCGCGCGCGCCGUGCUCAGGGCCGGCCGUCUGCUGCAUCCUGACACACUCAUGCAGGAACUAGACGGCGCUCGUCUCCAAAUAGUGGAAGUAUCAGAGAAUGGCGAAUACCGCGCUGCUACAGCGGAGUACGAGGUGGACGAUGACGCAGACUCACUCAGCGACCUCGCCGUCAGGUUGCAGGACGACGCCAUGAAGCAGCCCGAUGAAGUGAGCGUGGGCACGGCGAGUGGCAGUAGUCGCGGCAGUAGCGGCGCCGGCCGCGUCCGCGCCGCCCUGCGACCCGGGCCUCCGCUACACCAUCACCCACCCGAUUUCCUAGAGAAUCUCAGAGAGACGCAACGGCAGAGGCUACAGAGCAAGGGCUCGGUGUCUCCGCCGUCGUCCCCCGGUCCGCAGCCCCGCAGCCCCCCACCGCUCCCCCCCAAGCCGGCGCAGCGCGCGCCCCCUACCGUCGUCUGAGCGCACCACUCGCCGGUCUCGGCGCAUGAUCACCUCACACGACUUCUCCAAGUCACACUUGGGAACCGAAGUACCCGACCCACAGCUCACAAGACGGACGGAAUCCGUCGAGAACUCAGUUUCUGACACAACUGAGACUAAUGAGCCAUGUCGGCCCCUGUCUGUUGACUCCAUGUCAAGGUUGUCGAAAUACUUCGAACACAACAAACAUUCUGACCUUACAUAUCUGUACUUUAGUAAGAAGCUUUACACGGAUGAGAAUGUUGAAGGAAUUGUGUAAAUAUAGCAGUUAACGAGCUAAUUAAAAUAAAUCUCAUUAUUUAUUUAAUGUACAAAGAUUUUGCCAUCGGAUGAUCCUAAAGACUUAUAGCGUAGCAGCGA